ACACGGCGCAAGCGAAUAAUACACAUUUGGUUUACUGAAUAUGUACACGUAAAUGCUACUAACUUGGCUAUUUUAUUGUCAGGGGACGGAAACAAUUUUUUUGUCUGUCUGACGAGUAGGUACUUUUUUUUUUUUGCGUCAGCGGAAAAGGUUUCGACACGGGGCGGUUUAUUCCUCGUUUUUAACUUUGGUUUCUCAGCGGCGUUUUUUUUCCGCCGUUUUUCCCCCCUGCCCCUCUCGCUCUCCCCCCGGUGCGCGUCGGGCCUUGCAGCACGGCCACGAGGACCAGCGGGAAUCCGGUCAUGGCGGAGUUCGGCAACGGACUGGCGGAGGAGUCUCUGCUCGACUCGGACCCAGGUCACCCGGAGCUCGAAGACCCAGGCGUUGGCGACGAGGAGCCCGGGCUGGAUGAGGGUGAGGCCGCUAUCGAAGAUCCGGAGCUGGAGGCCAUUAAAGCUCGCGUGAGGGAGAUGGAGGAGGAAGCGGAGAAACUGAAGGAGCUGCAGAAUGAGGUGGAGAAACAGAUGAACCUCAGUCCUCCACCCGCUGGUCCUGUCAUAAUGUCCAUUGAAGAGAAGAUAGAGGCAGACGGAAGAUCAAUUUAUGUUGGAAACGUGGAUUACGGAGCAACAGCGGAGGAACUGGAGGCACAUUUCCAUGGCUGUGGCUCUGUUAACCGAGUGACUAUCCUAUGUGACAAGUUCACAGGACACCCCAAAGGGUUUGCAUAUAUCGAGUUUGCAGACAAGGAGUCUGUUAGAACAGCCAUGGCACUGGAUGAGUCCUUAUUCAGAGGGAGACAAAUAAAGGUCGGGGCGAAGAGAACGAACCGGCCGGGCAUUAGCACCACAGACCGAGGCUUCCCCCGAGCUCGGUUCCGCUCACGUGGGGGGAACUUCGCCUCAUCCCGGGCCCGCUACUACAGCGGCUACACGCCCCCUAGAGGCAGAGGACGGGCCUUCAGGUUUCAGGACCAGUGGAGGCUGACCACCCCUCCCCCUGUGGCCGCGGCGCCCCCUACUGUCUCGGCAGCGUCUCUCUCUCUCUCUGCUCCCGCUAUUCACACUCACCCCAUCCUGUCUGUGUGGGGGGGCGGGGGAGGGGGACAGGGUGACCACCGGCCCACUGCGGCCAGCCUUUACUACAAUAACAAGCGCUGAGGUUGCUCACAGGCCAACCAGCAUCAGGCCCACACACACACACACACACACACACACACACACACACCUUCACCACAUAUUUAUAUAGCGAGAGCUACGCCAAGAUGGCAGAAGCUGGUUAAAUUUGCAAAGGGAGUGAGUAAGGCGGGACCAGAGAGGGAUUAGAAGGGGUGGGACUUCCAAGUGCCCCGCCUUUCUCAGUACACCAUGCAGUUCCAGCGUGAGCCAGGAUGAACGCAGGGGCCACAGGAAUUGGCUUUUUAGGAUGGAAGGGUGCAGAGCUUUUACUGGUGGGGACAGGGUUGGAUGCGGGCGGGGAGGGAGGUGGGGAGUUGAGAUCUUUCCUUUUUCCCCCUUUUUUUAUUUCCUUUGGGCUUUUUUUCUUUUGAGAU